AUGUACUACCUGGUCCACACGGCCCAUUGGCAGUUCUUUGGUUUGGUGCUGGGAGUAGUGGGAUUGAUCCUGACAGUUGCUACCAGUGGAGUGGAUGACUGGAGAGUGUGGCAUGUGGGCGACGUGUCCGUCAUCACCUCUGGCAUGGCCUGGGUCGGCAUCUGGAGGGCUUGUUUUUAUAGCAACGUCCUCGACACGGCUGAGUUUUGCCGAAGCAUAAGCAUCACAGACUCGUUCAUUCCUCCAGACAUUGCUGCAGCACAGGUGCUGUGUAUGACGGCCAUCCCUGUGGGAAUCGCUGCGAACCUGAUUGCAGGAUACGCCAUGAGACGUGCUUACUUUAACAUCGAUGGAGGGCAUGUCAGACGUUUCUUCUCAUCAGCAGGAGUUUUGUAUUUCCUCACUGCAGUGUGCUCACUGAUUCCUGUUUUUUGGACCAUGAGCUCAGUGCUGGAGAAUCGUACGAUUGAUUUUCCGCCAGAGUUUCUUCUACCUCCUGCACCGUAUAAACAGGAGCUGGGCCUGGGCAUUAUAACAGGAAUUGGCUCCUCUGUCCUGCUUAUUAUAAGUGGGCUGCUCUUCCUGUCCUACAGCAAAACACGUAAACCCAGGAAACACAAAACUGAAGGAACUGAGGAGAAAAACCAAGGCAACACAAACUUCAGAAGUGGUGCUCUGGGCCCUGCUAGUGUGAGAGAAGGGACUGAUAACUUGGCAUUCAAGUUAGAGGAUAAACUGUAA